UCUUCGCCCUGUGGUGGCCUCCAGCCAGCUCUGGCGAUUUACUUUGAGCAGUAGGGUCCACGGAAUUCAGCUGGGCGCGCGCCCGUCCUUUCUUUGCUCUGUGCUGCGAACUAGGUGGGGGGACAGAGGCAGGGGGGAAGGGACCUCGGCUGCUGCGGCCCAGAUUUGUGUAACUGGUUCUUCUGGAAAGCGACCAGUUGCUCCCUUCCGUGUCUCAUUACCCUGCCUGGGGUAUUUACCGCGGAGCAUUAGACCGUUUACCCCGGUGCGUCGCGCUUCCACUGUCCUCCUGGAAGGCCUGGGAAUAUGAGCUGUCCCUUGGAGUGCGGGACGCGCCGCCCCUCUUCCUCCUCUUCGAGGCAGUAUUUAUCCAGAGGAAAGAAACAGACAUCGACCACUUAAGAUGUGAAAGGUGCUCUUCUAAAGGAUUGUUUUUACAAAAUGGAUCGGAGUAAGCGAAAUUCAAUAGCAGGAUUCCCACCACGUUUAGAGCGCAUUGAAGAUUUUGAUGGAGGUGGCGGAAGUGAUGGGACCAUGUCCCAGAUGGGCAGAGUUUGGACUUCUUCAUAUAAAGCCUUGAUAAGUGCCUUUUCAAGACUUACAAGACUUGAUGACUUCUCCUGUGAGAAAAUAGGAUCUGGUUUCUUCUCUGAGGUAUUCAAGGUACGGCACAAAGUAUCGGAUCAAAUCAUGGCCCUGAAGAUGAAUACACUAAGCAGCAAUCGUGCAAACAUGUUGAAAGAAGUUCAGCUCAUGAAUAGGCUUUCACAUCCAAACAUAUUAAAGUUUAUGGGUGUCUGUGUACAUCAAGGACAAUUGCAUGCCCUUACUGAGUACAUCAACUGUGGUAACCUGGAACAGUUGUUAGAUAGUAAUCAGCACUUGUCUUGGACAGUGCGAGUAAAGCUGGCAUUGGAUAUUGCUCUCGGACUCAGUUAUCUUCAUUAUAAAGGAAUUUUCCACAGAGAUUUGACUUCUAAGAACUGUUUAAUAAAAAAUGAUGAGAAUGGAUAUUCUGCUAUAGUAGGUGAUUUUGGCUUGGCAGAAAAAAUUCCUGAUUAUAGAAGUGAGAAGUUGCCAGUGGUAGGUUCUCCUUACUGGAUGGCGCCUGAAGUGCUGCGAGAUGAGCCAUAUAAUGAAAAGGCAGACGUGUUCUCAUAUGGGAUCAUCCUUUGUGAGAUUAUUGCAAGGAUCCAGGCAGACCCAGACUAUCUUCCACGAACAGAGAAUUUCGGACUGGAUUAUGAUGCCUUUCAGCACAUGGUGGGAGAUUGUUCUCCCAACUUUCUCCAGUUAGCCUUCAACUGCUGCAAUAUGGACCCAAAGUUACGUCCUUCAUUUACUGAUAUUGUCAAAACACUGGAAGAAAUUCUGAGCAAUUUGAAAAGAGAAGAAGAUGAAAGAGAACGGAAACUGGAUGCUGCAGAUCGAAAACCCAUCUCUGUUUGCAAAGGAUUGCUAGAGAGGGGACAAGGUAUCAAAAGGCUGAGCUCACUGGAUGACAAGAUCCCACCUAAAUCACCCCGACCACGGCGCAACAUCUGGCUAUCACGCAGUCAGUCAGACAUCUUUUCUCGGAAACCUUCCUGCAAGAUAAACGUUCAGGAUCCAUAUUAUACACCAAGCAAAGGAGCAAGUCGGAAAGUCAACCCUUUCAAUUCUAGGGAAGACUUGAAAGGGGGGAAAAUAAAAUUUUUUGACUUGCCUAGCAAAUCCGUGAUAUCGCUUGUAUUCGAUCUGCACUCUCCAGAAGUAAGAGGAUGUCAAAAGAUGAGCCAGCCGCUUUUCAAGCACAGCUAUGCCUAUGAUUGGCAAGACUCUUCUUUCCUUCCUGGGAGGAGAAGCAGAUCACUUCCAGUUUCUCCUGAAUUUGUUCAUAAAGAUUAUAAUACAUUUGGAGAUCUCUUUUCAACGGUCAGUAGCUGUGAUCCCACCCAGCUAGGGGCUGAAGUGCGCCAGAGGCUGUUGUGCAGUAGUAAGUAUGGUGUAUCUGAGAUCCCUCCUUUUCAGGUUAAACAACGUAGGCAGGACUUGCAUCCUCCACUUCUGCAAGAGGAGGAAAUGGAUUGUUCUGAUGAACUGGAGCCUCUGAACAAAAAUGGGUAUCCUGUAAAAUGUUCAGCUGAAGAGGCAGAACUUGGAAAGUCUGAGGGACAAGUGCUGCAAGACACAUCUGGCCAAAUGGCUAAUGUCUUAGUACACAAUUUAGACUGCUCAGAAAAUCAAUUCCCAGAAAUGUUCAUGAUCUGUACCACCUCUGAAGAAAUGGAGGUGGAAGAUGAAACUCAAAGGAAUAUGCCUUCCACUAAAUUGGAGUCUUCUAAACGGUUGCUCAGUAUUAAUCUUUCCUCACAGCAAGGCAGAGACUCCACUUUCCUUGAAGUGGUGGAUAGCGACACUUCAAAUGUUUCUCUGCUGCCUUCAGACACACCAGCAUCAAUAAGUGGACAGCCGAAAUGUGACAUUUAAAAGCCAACCAUUGGAUGAUUAUGGUGAUGAUGAUACACUCCUAUUAACUACUCUGGUUUUAACUUCCUGUGUCAAAUGUCUCUAAAGCAGUGUAGCAAUGUAACCAAUUCAUUUGAAAAUUCUAAAAUGUAUUAUGAGAGAUUGUAUGCAUGCAAGGAUGUAUGAAAGGAGUUCUCGGCAUAUCUCAGGAAGAAGCUAAUAUAGGAAUAAGGUUUACUGUUGAAUGCCUGAUUUAUGCAGAAUCACAGUUAUAGAGAUAGUGGGAUUAUUGGCAUCUCUGCGUUUCUAUUUGUGUUAUUCAUACUGUUUAGGUUCUGUUAAAUGUUUUUAAGAACUUAGUAUCUCCCCGAACCUUCAAAAUCUUUGUCUCAUUAGCAGUAAAAUGCCAAGCAGCAAUAAAUAUUUAUAUGGAAUAUAUUUAAAAUAACAAGUACACUGGGGGGGGGGUGCAGAUUGUCCUAAACCAGUCUUAAUUAUCCUGGCCAACCUUCAAAGUAUGAAUUUUAAAUCCCAGUAUUUUGAACAAUGUUGGAAAAUUCUGGGAAUUGAAGUUUAUACUUUUGGAGGUUGCUUAAACUUAAGACAGUUGAUUUAGACCUUACUGGACUACAACCACAACUAUUCUGUCCAUUAACAAGGGCUAAUGUGUUGAAGUCCGUUAUUACCACAGGUUACCCAAAGACUUGUACAAGAUUUUCUGUCAUGGGAGUUUCAGUUUCAAAAAAACAGCUACUUUGGAAGAAGCUCAAUGUAUCAAACCAUUUCUACAAUAUUCAAAAAAAUCUUGGUCUAUGAUUGGGAGAAAUCGUUUUUGGAUUGGUUCAUUUCCAGAAUAUCCUAUUUUGGAUCAAAAUGUUCCAAAAUAGAAUGUUUUGCAUGUACUUCCUCACUCUUGCUUUAAUUGAACAGGAAGAAUAUGGCUCCGAAUUCUCUAAACGUUAUUAAAUAAGAUGAGAUUUGGCUACAAUAGCUCCCUUACCUUUUCCAGUCCAAACAGUGGAGGCAUUGAGCAUAUUCCUACUUCAGGCAUUCCUUAUUAGUUGCUUGUCCAGUUUUUAUUUUCUGGAAAGGAAAUUUUCCAUCAGCUGUUUUACUGAAGGAACAACAGAGUUCCAUUUCUGAAUAAAUUGUUCAUAAAACAAAAUGAAAUGAAUAUUUUCAUGUCUUCAGUAACCUCAUUCCCUUUAUUAUAGAAGCAUGAAAUGUAUUACCAUCCAAUGUUUGGCAUGGAAGAACUCUCUUCAACAUAUUUUUAAAAUCCAGUUUUGCAUGCAUGUCUUCAAUUAGUGUACGUGCUUCAUUCACACAGAAACAUGGUCUAUGUGUGCAAUUUAUAUAAAUUAUGUAGAUAGGUUGCUUGACAUUUCUCAAAUGGAAAGUGAAUUUUAAAGUGAAGCUAUAGAAAUAGCAUCUCUAUAUUAAAGUCUCUCUGCACAUCCAGACCAGCAUAACAUGCUCAGAAUUUAAAAGGAAUUAAUACAGAUUAUAUAAAAAGGAUUAAAAUCCCAAAUCUUGCCUCUAGUUAGAAUACAUUUGAAAUUAGUUCUGGUGAACAUAGAUUUCCUCAUAUUCAGUUCUCAUAACUAAGCUCUAGAAAGGGCAAAUCGUCACAAAAUAUAAAGCAAUAAAAGCAGAGUCACAAAUAUUAGCAGACUGGGUUUGCAAGCUAUGUUUAUUUAUAGACAUUCAUGAUAGCCUCAAGUUUCUUCCAGCAGCUGGAGAACAAAAUUGUCUUCUCAAUUAUUCAUUUGAAAAUUUCUAAAGUAGCACCACAUUCCAGUUUAGUUAUUUCCUCUUUCAGGAUUAGUGAUAAAGAAUCCCAGUAAUUAUUAUCAGGCUGCUUUAUUUAAACAGUUAAAAAAUAUAACCACUUAAACAGGUUUUGAAUUUGGUAGCAUUUUCUUCCACCCCAUCCAAAGCAAAAUAAUUCAUGAAUGUAACUUAUGCUCAGCUCUGGAAAGCACAAAGCAUGCCAUGUAUCUCAGAGGCCAUUUUACUUCCAGAAAGUAUUCCAUUUCUUUGCCUGCAUUAAUUUAUAACUUCCUCUGCAGAUUGUAGCCUUUCAGUCUCUCACUUUUACUGCUUGUGAAAGCUAGAUGUGACAAAUUACUUCUGUUUUGGUCACAUCCCCUCCCUCCCCCUUGUGUAUUUUCCUGGUUUUUUACAGACUCUAAGAAGUGGUACUUACUCUUGCAAGUGGGAUGAUGGAUUCCUACUGCAGUUGCUCUGCCUUCUUAAUAGAGUGUUAAUGAUAACCUAGGUCCUUGAUACAAAAGCAAGUCUUUCUAAACUGCAAUUUGAUAAAAGUUGGCUUCAUCGGAGCUUGAGAAAACAAUAACUACAGCUAUUGGAUGGUUAAACAUAAAGGUAACCUGUCCUUUUCUAUAAUAUGUAAACACUGUUAUUAUCACAUCCUAUGGAAAGCCAGCAUUGCAGAGCAGCUAUGGGCCAUCAUCUAUACUCUAUACAGAAUGUGGCCAAAUGAAUGCAUAAUUUAUACAAACACAAUGAUACUAGAUCGUUUUGCUUUUCAGCAUAUUUGAUUUGCUAACAAAGAUGCCUAUUGCUUUUGAUAAGCCACCUGAAAACACUUCUAAGAUCCUCAGUCUAUUUUUAAUUAAUUUUGUCUAAAUUACAUUUAAUAAGCAUAUUAGAGGAUAUUCAUGUGGCCAAAUGAUGAAAGACUGUGAAUACAUGUAUGUAACAAAUUGAUAUCUGACUAGAAAAAAAAGUGUACGAUGGAUUCUUGGUUGCUGCAUCUUGUCCAAGAACACUGGUAUUUCUUGCCAGUUUAACUAGACACUUGAAUAAUUCCUCUUUGCACUUAAUGCUGUUGUUUAUACUGCAUGUCACUACAUUUCUAUGCAAAAAUAACCUUUGAGGUAGCCAAAUAUUUGAUUUAAGGUUUAUAGAUCUUUAUAAGAUCUAUUUUCAUAUUUAUGAAGGAAUUUUAUGUCUUAAUAUUUGCUGUCUGUAAAUAGCUAAAUUUUGUCAUUAAAGCUUAGGAAAAAAUUGAUAGCAUGUGUAUAUAAUUUAACACUGCCAGGAAAAGGAUUUUUGAAAAAGCAUUUUUCUAAUACUUCAGAUAUUUAUGAAUGUUUAAAGAAAACAAAUCUUGAUUUGUAUGUGUUGAUUCAUGUCUGAUUUCCCUCCACCCUAGAAUUGCAUAAACAGUAUGUUUCACUGGAACUGAAAAAAGGAACCAAAGAUAAAUGUAGUUUAAAAUAUC